AAGCUGUUUCGCAGAUCCUGAAACAUUUGUUGGCUCCUCAAUCCCCGCCCUUUCCACGAACGCGUCCCUCACCUUCCUCGAUCCCUUUGCUUAUAUAAUACACCUCUCACGUCCCUCAUCUUCCAUCACUCCUAUUCACCAGCCUUAUUACAAAGCUAUCAAAUCCUCCUCCUUUUUUCACGUACUGUACAAGUUAAUUUACGUACAAGCUAGCUAGCUCGAUCAACAAUGGCGCAAUAUCUGGUACUAGACAAUGCUUUCGACUUCGAGGACUACUUCCCGUCCAUGAUCGCGCGGCUGGGAACAGAAGGGUUUAUAGCGGAGAUCUGCAGCGGGUUUCGCCUGCUGAUGGAUUGCGAGAAGGGGCUCAUCACGUUCGAAAGCUUGAAGAGGAACAGCUUUUUGCUUGGCCUCCAUGACAUGGGGGACGACGAGCUUGUGUGCAUGCUUCUGGAAGGUGAUCUUGACGGCGAUGGUGCCCUGAGUCAGAUGGAGUUCUGCAUUCUCAUGUUUAGGUUGAGCCCCGGCUUGAUGGAAGAUCUUGAUGUAGCUGAUCAAAUGUAGCCUCGUUUAAAUGACGGCCGUCGGCCGGCCAUCUCAUGAUUCUCAUUCAUCCAGAAAACAAAAACAAAAAAAAAAAAAGUUGUAGGCUUUAAUAAUUCCAUUCCUGCUUUCAUAUCUAUUAAGUAAAUUGUAUGAAACCUUAAUCUUUUCUGGAUGAAUUCAAUGUUUAUUUGGAAUAAAGAGAGUACUUUUAGUA